AUGAACAAACUAUACAUUGGGAAUCUGAGCCCCUCGGUCACCGUCGAGGACUUGAAGCAGCUCUUUGACGAGAGGAAGCUCCCUCUGACCGAGCAGGUUCUGCUCAAAUCCGGCUAUGCCUUCGUGGAUUUCCCCGACCAAAACUGGGCCAUAAAAGCUAUUGAGGCUUUGUCAGGAAAAGUUGAAUUACACGGGAAGGUGAUUGAGGUAGACUAUUCUGUUCCCAAGAAAUUAAGGAGUCGUAAGAUACAGAUCCGGAAUAUCCCGCCUCACCUGCAGUGGGAGGUUUUGGAUGGCCUUUUAGCACAGUAUGGUACUGUGGAAAAUGUGGAACAAGUCAACACUGACACGGAAACAGCAGUGGUGAACGUCACAUACGCAAACAAGGAGGACGCGAAAGUGGCCAUUGAGAAGUUGACAGGACACCAGUUUGAAGACUACUCCUUCAGGGUAUCGUACAUCCAGGAUGUGGAUGCGGCCCCGCCCCCCCAGGCUCCACGCUCGCGUCGAGGGGGGCGGUCAUCGCGGGACCAGGAUGGCCCCCAGCCUGGUCCCUCAGCAAGCCUCGGGGGGUCUCGCCACAAGCUCCAGGACUUCCCUCUGCGCAUACUGGUCCCCACGCAGUUUGUCGGUGCCAUCAUUGGCAAAGACGGGCUUACCAUCAAGAACGUCACCAAGCAGACCCAGUCCAAGGUGGACAUUCACCGGAAGGAGAACGCGGGCGCGGCGGAGAAGCCCAUCACCAUCCACUCCUCCCCCGAGGGCUGCUCCUCGGCCUGCCGCAUGAUCCUGGACAUCAUGCAGAAGGAGGCCAGCGAGACCAAGGCUGCUGAAGAGAUCCCUCUGAAAAUCCUGGCCCACAACAGUCUCGUGGGGCGGCUAAUUGGGAAGGAGGGCAGGAAUCUGAAAAAGAUCGAGCAGGAGACUGGGACCAAAAUCACCAUAUCCUCCUUACAGGACCUGACCAUUUACAACCCGGAGCGGACCAUCACGGUGAAGGGGGGCGUGGAGGCCUGCUGCAAGGCGGAGGCGGACAUCAUGCGCAAGCUGAGGGAGGCCUACGAGAACGACGUCGCUGCUAUUAACCAACAGACCAACCUUAUCCCUGGUCUGAACCUGAACGCUCUAGGCAUCUUUUCCACCGGCCUGUCGGUCCUGCCCCCGGUGGCGGCACCCCGAGGAGCAGCGCCUGCGCCCGCUGCUGGAUACAGCCCCUUUAUAAGUCACUCGUCGCAUGUUGGAAGCCUGUACGGGGUCCCGCCUACCAGCGUCAUUUCCCACCAGCACUCACAGGCUCCUGAACAGGAGGUAGUGUACCUCUUUAUCCCGACUCAGGCCGUGGGUGCGCUCAUCGGAAAGAAGGGGCAGCACAUCAAGCAGCUAGCCCGCUUUGCUGGUGCCUCCAUUAAGAUUGCCCCCGCAGAAACUCCUGACGUCCCUGAAAGAAUGGUGAUCAUCACUGGACCCCCUGAGGCCCAGUUUAAGGCUCAAGGCAGGAUCUUUGGGAAAUUGAAAGAGGAGAACUUCUUCACGGCAAAGGAAGAGGUGAAACUGGAGACCCACAUCAAAGUCCCCUCGACUGCGGCCGGACGGGUCAUAGGCAAGGGCGGCAAAACGGUUAACGAGCUGCAGAAUCUAACGAGCGCUGAGGUCAUUGUGCCGCGGGACCAAACUCCAGAUGAGAACGACGAGGUCUUUGUAAAAAUUAUCGGGCAUUUCUUUGCCAGUCAGACAGCGCAGAGAAAGAUCAGAGAGAUUAUACAGCAAGUGAAACAGUCGGAACAGAAACAUCAGCAGGGAGCUCCCACGCCGCACCACUCCAAGUGACCACCAGAGCGGCCCCAGCGAGCAUCAGCGAUCAUCAGCCGAUGAAUGUAGCCCUUCCAACCGGGGAGAGACCGAGGGGGCGGACCAGUGGCACGGGGAACAAAACCAAAGAACUUUAUCGAGGAAUGUGUGAGCCAAAGGCUGCCAGUUCAGAGAGGGCGAGAGGGGGGGGGGAGUGUAAAGGUGACAUUUGUAAAAGCAAAAUAGGGAGAGGACAAAAAGGCCAAGACAUGGUACCUGCUAUCUCUACUUACACAGUAAAGAGUUGACUUGCCCUGACUAACAUAGGCCUAAUGGAAAUAGUAAAAGAGAAAAACUGUGUUAAUGAAUGUUUACAAUGACGGGCAGGAAUGGAGGGAACUUUGGACAGGGUGAGGGGUCGUGGUUGAAAGGAAAUUUUUUUUAGACUGUUUUGACAUUCAGAUUGAUAUGCUUAGCAGUAUUAAUAUAUAUUAGAAACUAUACAUACAUACAUACAUGCAUACAGUGAGCUCCAUAAUGUUUGGUACAAAGACCUGUUAUUUUUUUCUUGAUUUGGUUCUGUGCUCCUCAAUUUUAGAAUUUUGAAUCAAAGUGCACAUUUUCAGCUUUUAUUAAAGGCUAUUUUUAUACGCUUUGGUUUUACUAUGUAGAGUUAAGUUAAGCCAUUAUGAGGCUGAGAAAUAAGAAAACAAAAGUCAGCUGCAUAGUCAAAACCUUAGGCCUAUAGAACACUGUUGGGCUCAGUAAUCACAAAGGGCCUGGUAGACCAAGGAAGACCCCUGCAGUUGAUGAUUGAAGCAUUCUAACCAUAACGAAGAAAGACCCCUGAACACUUGUCCAACAGGUCAGAAACACUCUUCAGAAGGCAGGCCUGCACGUGUUUAGUAACUAAAGUCCACAGAAUUCACAAACAGAGCUACAGAGGCUACACUGCAAGAUGUCAACCACUAGUUAGUUGCAAAAACAUGAUAGCCAGUUUCAGUUUGCUAAGAAGUACCUAAAAGUGCCUGAUGUAACUGCUAAUAGACAGAAGCAUAUUAUCUGUUCAAGUUCAAGCAAAUGCCUCCGAACUCAUUGGACGGUUCUUCAUCUAACAGCCAGACAGAGAACAUACUCAGCACCUGGUGAUGUCUAUGAGUCACAGACUUCAGGCAGUCAUCGAUGCAAAGGAUAUGCAACAUUAUGUCUCAGAAAUUAUGCCCUGAAAUGGGGGGACUAUUUAUAAAAAAGUGCUGUAAUUUCUACUUGGCGAAACUAAAAUGUAUAAAAUACCCUUAAAUAAAAGCUGAAAAUAUGCACUUUAACCAUAUGUGAAGUGUUUGCUCACUAAUCUAAAAGUAUAGAGCCAAAUCAACAAAAAAUAUGUCUUUGUUUUUUUUGUUCCAAACAUUAUGGAGCUCACUGUAUAUGGGGAGAACAAUAUUAAUGCUAUAACAAUAUAAUAAAAAUAAGGAACUAUAUAUAAACAUAUACAUAUAAAUGAGGAGAACAAAGUCUGUUUUGUCGUAGACUAAAGUGGGCUUUUUAGACUUGAACUGAAGUGUUCCAACGUGGGCAGUAGAGGACACAGCCAGCCAUUUAAACACAGACAGAAAAAGUAGGAAAUGUUCAUAGUCUUAGUGGAUUGUUGUGAAUCUUUGUCACGGAACCUGUGUGUGUGCCAACACAAGGGAGACAGUCCCUCUCAUGUCUUUUUGCUUAACCUCACUUACGUUUCUCACUGUCUCUUAGCUUCCAUUUCCUUCAUGACUUUCAGUUUUUUUCAGUGUAAUUUUCACUUUUCAAUUUUGACAGAAUGUCACUGAGCAGCGUUCUGAUAGCAACUUCCACUUUGGUCAGAAAGAUGAUUACCGGAAUAAUAUGAAAAUGGUACAAUACGUAUACACACACACAUGCGUGUAUUGUGUAGGGACAUGAGAUUGAAAGCAAUUUCCAAAAUUACUGCCGAGAGAGAAAAUAGACAGAAAAAAGAAAAAUAUACUGCAGUAAAACCAAGAUGUUAAGUUGGUGCAACUUUGUUUGAUAAGGAGCAGUUUUAGCAGAAUGUGCACCGCAAACACUGCCUUGUACUUUGCAUUGAAGUGAAAAAUGACUAGAAACUGUGACGUACGUACGUGUACAGCAGGGGGCGCAGUAGUGUAAACGUGGUCUGUGUUGCCACACGACUGCGCCUGGCUUUAAACCUCUCCAUCAGGGAGCAUUCUAAAAUGGCGUGACAGCUGUGAAUGUACGAUAUGCAGCCUUUAAAAAAAAAAAAAAAAGUUCCUCUGCCGUGUCCAGCGGCUCUCGUCAGCAGACGGUAUCGUUUUCUUUCUUUCUUCCCAUCCUGAUCGGCGGUUUUGCUGGACACGCAGGCGCGUUUGGUACUUUAGUGCUUUACAUUCAUGACCAUGGAAGCUUUCAGCCUUAACAGUCAGCCUGGCGUCGCGGGCAGAGACGUCACAGAAACAUCGCAGCGAGCUCUUUCACCCCGUGAGCUUCGGCUUAGCCUCACCUUCCAGAACCUUCAUUAUCAGCAUCGAUACACGCGACUCUCGCUCUGUGUGUGUGCGUGUGUGUGCAUGUGUGUGUGUGUGUGUGUGUGCAUGCAUGCAUGCAUGUGUGUGCGUGCUUGUGAGUGUGUGUGUGUGUGCGCGUGUGUGCGCGUGCAUGCGUGCGUGUAUAUAUUUAUAUAUAUUAAAAGAGAGGAUUACUAUUUAUGAAUAUAUUUUUCCUAUUUUGUGACGAAAACUGAUAAGAAAAAUCAAGAAAAUUUUUUAAGAGAUAUUUUGUUUAAUUGGAGAUUAAACAUGUUGCAUUGAAGGGAAGUGUUUUAUUUGGAACACGGGAAUAUGACUAAUGGUAAUGUAAAUGAUCAAUUCCAAAUAAUGAGAACAAGAAGCAAAUCCCAGCAUUACUUUGGUCAGGAUGUGAACGGUGCGCAUGUGAGUGUUGUGAUCUACCUCAGGUCUGUCUUUCAUUCCCCGUUUCCACAUUUUGUAUGCCUUGUAAACGAAUAGUUUUGAACAUUUUUUUAUUUUUAAUAAAAAAAUUAUUUAAAAAAAACCAAGGAAAAAAGAAUUAGUCUAAACUUUCAGGGUUACCCUACUUAUUUUGGGAGACUGGGUGUCCAAGCAGCUCAAAUUGUGUUGUUGUUAUCAGUCACUUGGCUGGACAUCUUGACCUCAGUUAGUCUGAUGGUUAUUUUUGCUGAAUGAAUUGUGGAGGGUGGAAGUUCAUGGGUUGUGAAUGCAAAUGUGUCUGUAUCUUGAUCAAAGGAAAAAAAUGCACCCAAAAAGUUUAAACAUGAAAAAUACAACCGUGAAAAUAGAGGCAAUUGUACCAGCAGACUGCAAGUCCAAGUUUCUUUACUGCAAAUGUUCUGUAAAAAUGUAUCAGAAAUAGUAUAUCAAAAAGAAAUUUGAGUAUGACUCUAAAUAGAGUCAGGUACGAUGUGUUUGGAGAAGAGGUGGAAAGCUACAGAAAUGCACAGGCAGGUUGCUGAACAAAAUGUAAUGGUCUAGUCUUCUCUGUAGUAUGUUACAGUUGUAGAUGAGACUAGCUGUCACUGUGUAUGGGGGAAAGAACUGUAUCUGUAAACAUGUAUAAUAGAGUCACUAAUGCACUAAUGCAUUGAGUUCAUUUUUUCUGUGUUCACCUGCGUUCUGAGAGACAGGAAUUAAAGAAUGUCUUUGGCUUCAUUCAUGGUCUAUGGAAUCUGAACUGUUCAGCUCUUUCGUUAAACAAUUCUCUCAUCCACCUUCUAUGCUACUGAUGUGCUGUAAAUGUGUUUUACCUCUCAGAGGCCAAGCCUGGCUACCUUUCAGUUUGAGUGACUUAAUAAAUUUAGCACAGUUGACAACUUUAGAACAGAGAGGAUUGCUCUUGUGUCUUGCAGAGAAACGUCAGCAGAGGAGAACAUAGGUGGUGUUGGAGGUUUCGUUCAGCAGUGGUCAAGACUUCCUCCUUUCUGUGAUGUGCACUUGGCCCCUAAUUUGUGUCUCUCUAGUCUGGGGGGGGGGGGGCUGAUUGGGUGAAUGGUCAGAGGGUUUAACUCCUGGCCGAGGGAUUUGUAAAUUGUGUUUUGUUGUCCUUUGAGGACCUCAUUGGCUAUGCAAUGGCUAUGCUCUUUGUUCAGUGUCUAUUCAGUUCAUCCACCUACAGGAAAAGCAUACAACACAAUGGAUGUGCAUUCACAGGUCAGCCCUGUCAAAAUUGAAGAAUAGGGGAGGGAGUGAGGGCUAAAAUGGUGCAUACCUUUGUAAAAAUACAAUAUAUCUGCUUUGAGAGUCACUCAUAAGCAUUCUCAGUAAGACAGGCGGAUUCUCUGAUUUUUGAGGACGCUGAAAUCUUACACGAGUUAAAACGGCAAGAGAAUUCCGCUUUGAGAAGGGAUUUCCAUCUGUGUUACUGUGGAGCUACCGUGUUAAGGAGUGUUAAGGAGCACCUGCUUUUUUUCUAGCCACCGUUCACAGGAACUGGAGCAAAUUCUCCAGAGCACUGAUUAGCGUAGCUUGACACGAUCAAAGAGUCCCACAUGACUGAGAACUGAAACGACUCUUUGUUGAAUGUAUUUUCAGUUUAUCGACACCUCGCCAUGCUGUGCUGUAUGAAGUGAUCUGAAAGUGCAACGCCUGAACCAUGCCUACAAUCAGGCAGAAAGAACUGUCUGCCAUCCUCUAGAACUAACUUGAUUCAGGAGGCCACGCUGUUUCACGUGGGCUACUGAAGGCAGGGUGAUGAUUGACAGGUGUAUCUCAGGUGAACAUGUCUGAAGUGUGAUUGCGAUUGGAGAUCAGCACUGAGCCUGUCUGGAGGAUUCUGGCAGUUUUGGCCGAACAAAUGCGUAUGAGCACUGGGCUGAUAUUUGGUGGUUUUAAACUUUUCCUGCAAUGUUUUGGAUUUUUAUAGUUUUUAGAGAUUUUUUCAGUACAACGUUCAACAGAAAUUUUGAUAUAGAAUGUUGAAUUACAUUUAUUCCACCCUGGUUGAAGGAUAGGUUUGCUUUUUUGACACUCUGCUAUAAUGUAGCAUUUCAGAAGAAUAGUUUAGUUUAUUCUGAUUGGCUCCUCUCUGGGCUCAGCUAAGCUAAAGGUUGGGUAUGAUUGGAAUGAGUUUUAUGAGCAUGUGCUCAGUGCUCUGGUAAUACCGGUUCGCUGUGAGGAGUGGUGGGAGUGUGGCACCAUGUGGAGCGAAGUUCAUUUGCGUUGUCCAUAAUGAGGCCCUGUCUGAGCCUUUAGUGAAGGACAAACCCACCAGAGCAUUGGGCUUUUGUGGACUGCACUGUCAGAGGAGGUGGAGCAUCUUUGUUUGUGUAUGCUUGCCUCAUCCACACCUCUCCCCAUUUCUUCAGUGAAGACGUAGAAUGGAACUGUGCACAAACUGCAGGCUUGCUUGCAGAUGCACUAAAACAAUGUGAAGUUUAGCCUGAUACAUGCCUUGAUAGAAAGCUGAUAUCAGGUGACACCAGGGUCCUGGAAGGAUGAGCCUUGUCCUGUGGUGGUGGAUCACAGAGGCUGUAUUAUCGUGAUGUAGCUUAUCACGCAUCCUUUACCGAGUCCAUCUCUUUUAGCAUGUGGGGGUCCAGGGCGGCGGCGGCCAUUUUCAAGUUUUUAAUACGACUUAGCUGAGGAGCCAACGCACACCUUCCUGGUUGCUUUUCUUAUCGGACAAAGAAGCGAGAAAGUUGCACGAGACGUGACUGUGAAAAGGACCUUCUGCUUCACACUUCAGCUGUAGUUUAGGCGAGAUCCCAUUCCUCAGUGCAAUUUUCACCACUGCAGUUUUCCUUUGAUGUUUUCAGCACCUGGGUGAGAAUCUCACAUUUCUCCAGUCUACCAUGUAUCACCUGAGCCGGAAUGACAGAGUCAUCCUGGUCCCUCUGGUCAUAGCUGUGUUUUUGUUUUGAAUGUGGGUGAACUGUACUGCCGACCAACCUAGAUACGAGCAAUAAAGUCUUGAGAAGAUGG